CAGCCCCUUUCACUUGACGCUCUGACGUAAAGUUCGGCUGCGUCUCUUACUGUGGUGUAGGGGGUUUCCAUCAUGGCGUCGAUGCAGAAAAGACUACAAAAGGAACUGUUAGCUCUCCAGAAUGAUCCACCCCCUGGAAUGAAAUUAAAUGAGAAGAGUGUUCAGAAUACAAUAACACAGUGGAUUGUAGAUAUGGAAGGAGCCCCCGGUACACUGUAUGAAGGAGAAAAGUUUCAACUUCUAUUCAAGUUCAGUAGUCGAUAUCCCUUUGAUUCACCUCAGGUUAUGUUCACUGGUGACAAUGUACCUGUCCAUCCUCACAUUUAUAGCAAUGGUCACAUCUGCUUAUCCAUUUUAACGGAAGAUUGGUCUCCAGCUCUGUCAGUGCAAUCAGUCUGUCUUAGCAUUAUCAGCAUGCUUUCCAGUUGCAAAGAAAAGAGAUGGCCACCAGAUAAUUCGUUUUAUGUAAGAACAUGUAACAAGAAUCCAAAGAAAACAAAAUGGUGGUAUCAUGAUGACACAUGUUAAUGUUCAGUUUUCUAAUAGUCCUAGAAGAAAGAAGUCCCACUGAGUACAUAAGCACUUUGAUCAUACAGUCUUUGAACUUUAACAUUUGACUGGAAAAAAUUGACACAUUGCGCUGAAGAUUACUUCCUUUUACUGCAUUUCUACCAGCAUGCAGCUGGAUGCAUGUUGAUAGCUGGUUUUAAACAAAGAAACAAAAAAAAAAAAAAAAAAAAAAAAAAAAAAACAUAAUUCACCCAACAUGGUUUCGUUUGCCAUGAGGUAUUAAUGCAGAAAGUAAGGAGAUUUGUAGCGACAUUAUUCCUAUUAAGUAAUUUUUAUGUUAUGUCCCUUUUUUUUUUUAAACUUGUCAGGUCCUCGUGUAUUGUGCAAUAAUCAUGACUGAUGCAUGCUUGGGCCUACAAAGAAAGAUUAAACCCUAAUGAAUUUGUCCAACUCAAAGGGAUUUCAGCUUUUUAAACCCAAGGAAAACACUUUUGUACUUUCAAUUAUAUGCACUGUGACAAUAACUUUGUUAGUAAACAGCUAGUGUGUGAAAUAUUACCAUCUCGUUCCACUGAAACUCCUUGCCACACUUUCUAUUCAGGUAAUUGGUUCUACUUUAUUAUAACGUUUUUGGAAAAAAAAAAUUAUAAACCGGUUUGACUGUUCAUAAUAUAUCAGUUAUUGUGUGGGCUGCCAUGGCUGUAUAGACAAUGUAGUUCAUAUUUUUAUUGCACAAGAUAUCGAUUUAUUAAGCUCUAGGCAUAUAGGUUAAACAUCUUCUAAUACUGGUCACUUGCCUUCACUGUCAGCCCUGGUCCAUGAGAAAAGAAAAACAGACAGUUUGGAAACCACCCAUAUAGUUUUGUGUUGCAUUAUUAUUGUUACUACUACUUUUAUUUGUUCGUUUUAUUUUGUUGUAAGAUUGUUAUGCUUAAGUUGUCUAAAAUAUGUUUUUUGAUUUGAAAAGCUAGUUGUCUUUUUUUGUAACUUAUUUCUCUUUACUUGCAAACCUCAUCCUGAUGUAUUUCUUAAACAAAUACAUUUUGAAGGGUGCUUAA